UAAUAUUAGCUAAUAAUGCAACGUAAAUUCCCAUUCCAGAAACCUAACAUUUUUAUUGUCUACUGUCCAGACAGGAAAGUUCCAAAGGUGUAUGGUAUGCUUCCUUUUGAUGUUGAGGCUUGUCACCAGAUUAUACCAAAGAUACUACCCUGGAAUUUUCCCUCAGAGUUGUCCCAACUCAUUGAGAAGGAAGUUGCUAAGUCAAUAGCCACAAUGGAUGAAAACUCGUGCUUGCAGGUUUUAGAUGUGAAUUUUACGAACACUGAUUAUGUAGGGAACAAGAGGAAGAGAAUCAAGAGAUCCCUUACAGACUGCAAUGGGUUUGAAAGUCAACAAAGUGCUAUUCCUGAAUUUUCAAAUUGUUCUGGAUCCCCGGUAACAUCCUCUUGGCAAAAGGGCCAAAGUAAACAUGUAGUGAUGUGCUCUGCGAAUCAUCCAAAUAAUGCACAUUCUUUAGACGUUCAUGAGGAAGUUCACAAGAGACAUUCCCUUGAAAGCAACACUGAAUAUCUCUUAAAGUUUCAAAAGAAUGAAACCUAUCCAAGUACAUCAUUUUGCAAAUCGGCUAGUUCUGUUUUGGAAAGAGAAACUGCUUAUGAUGCAUGCUUAAAUGAAACGCAUAAAUCAUUUUAUGAAUCCUGUUUCCCUGGAAAAAUAUCCGUUCCUGAGACAGCAAUUCAAAGUGGAAUAAAGCCAAUGACUGGACCAGUGUCUUCUUGCAGUCAUGCUGAUUCAGUACAAGUAUCUCUCAAUAAUGAGCUGACACCAAUCACUUUCAAUGUUUGUCAAUCCUCAGACAAAUUGCAACCAAAUUCUGAUCCAUUUGCAAAUACUGAAAUUCCAGAAUCUUCUUUUACAAAAGCAGCUGUGCAAAAUUUCAGAGAUGGGAACAUGAAAACCACAGCUGUGAGUAAUGUCACAGAUGAGUGCAGUCAUGCUGAUUCUACAUCAAACUCAAAGUCUUUUGACUCCAGUUCAUCGGUACCAAUGGAUAUGGUACAAAAAUUGUGGAGGGAACUUCGUGUAUGUCAAAAAGAUUCAGGACAGCACGCCAACCCAGAACAGCUGAAUGUUAUUCAAGUUCUUAAACUUACUAGUGGGCUGACCGAUCUAAUUUCUGAAGCUGACUUAUUGUUUCGUAAUCACCAACAAAAACAAUGUGGUAUCAUGGAGCCUCCGAUGAACCUUUUUGAAGAAGCCACAAAGAGUUGGUAUGAUGAGCAAAUGAUGAUGUCUACAGUUGCUGUACAUGGUUUUUCUUUUUAUGCCAAACAUAUAUCAGAUGUAGGAUCCAAGUUUGGUUCUAAGAACGAGGUAGAUCUAAUCUCAGAGAUGUUGGCUAGCACUACUAAUGUUAUGGGACUGGGAAAAUUGUCUAGACAGGACCAAACAAAAAGCACUAGUAUCUAUGCCAAUAAGCUAUUCGAGACGAAUGACCCGACAAAUGAUACCAAGAGAACAUCUCUUUCCAACGUGAUGCGGUCUAUCAUUCCAGAAAGAUCAUCCUUGUCAGUGAAAGGUCUUGCAUUAAGUGAAUAUAUGUCUUCAGUACGCCAAAUGUCAAUUUCUGAAGGUUUCCGCAUUCCACAUGGUUCAGAAAAUAAGAGAAAACGAAGGAAGAAGUGUUGAUCGACAUCAUUUGAGCAGAGAUGGAAUGAAGUUGAGUGAUGAAGAUAUAUCAUUGGUGUGCAAAGGUGAUUUGUACAGAAUGAUUUCUUCAAAUGGAAAGAAAAAGUGCAUGAUCGAACAUUAGAGCAUGAAUUUAAUUUAAUAGUAAAGCCAUUUGUGCUUUAAAAAUAAAAGCGCUGUUGAUUGAAAUCGGAGGAAACCUAUGUUUUAUUUUUGCCUAUGAUAAUAAUCAUUGGUUGAGACGAUAAAAUAAACUGCAGCAGCGAUAGAAUUACCAAAUAAGAAUGGUAUGAACAUUAAUUGUAGGCCCUUAUUGUUACUGAAAUAAUCUUUGUUUCAAACAAGAAUUCUGU